UAUAUGGGUAAUAAUCCAAGAAUGCAAGGUUUGAUAACUAGAGUAAGAUUGGCAGCUGUAGUUGGAAUUGCCGUAUGGAUAAGCCUUGCGGGGUUGAUUCACUUGCUAAAACCGGUAUCCAAUGGUUGUAUUAUGACCUACAUGUAUCCCACUUACAUCCCUAUUUCCGCACCUAAAAACGUGUCUUCCGCCAAGUAUGGAUUGUACUUGUACCAUGAAGGAUGGAGGAAGAUUGAUUUUAAUCAGCACAUCAAGAAGCUUAAUGGGGUUCCUGUUCUUUUCGUACCUGGCAAUGGUGGAAGCUACAAACAGGUCAGAUCUCUGGCUGCAGAAUCUGAUAGGGCUUAUCAAGGAGGUCCACUUGAACAUAUGUUUUACCAAGAAGCAAGCGAGAAUCUUGAAAAGGGAGCAGUAGAUUCUGAUCUGGCAGAUUUUCCCUUACCUAGCCAAUAUACUCGCAUGCUUGACUGGUUUGCUGUGGACCUUGAAGGUGAACACUCGGCAAUGGAUGGUCAAAUACUUGAAGAACACACCAGAUAUGUAGUAUAUGCAAUUCACAGGAUUUUAGAUCUGUAUGAAGAGUCUCACAAUAUUCGAAUAAAAGAAGGUGCUGCUUUCUCGGCAAGUCUGCCAAGAAAUGUUAUAUUAGUUGGUCAUUCAAUGGGUGGAUUUGUUGCUAGAGCUGCAAUCGUCCACCCUGAUUUGAGGAAGUCAGCUGUUGAGACUGUUCUCACACUUUCAACUCCACACCAGUCACCUCCUUUGGCCUUACAGCCAUCUCUGGGACAUUAUUAUUCAAGUGUAAAUAAUCAGUGGAGAAAAGGAUAUGGGGGUCAAACCUCUCAAUCUGGACACCAUUUGUCUGACCCUUUACUCUCUCGUGUAGUUGUUGUUUCAAUUUCUGGUGGUUAUAAUGAUUAUCAGGUACGAUCAAAGUUAGAAUCCCUUGAUGAUAUUGUGCCUCCUACACAUGGUUUUACCAUUAGCAGUACAGGCAUGAAGAACGUGUGGCUGUCUAUGGAGCACCAAGUUAUUCUAUGGUGUAAUCAAUUAGUUGUCCAAGUGUCUCACACUCUCCUUAGUCUGAUAGACCCUGAGAAAGGUCAACCUGUACCUGAUGUACGUAAAAGACUUGGAAUAUUCAUGAAAAUGCUUCAUAGUGGGAUAUCACAAAAUUUUGGUUGGUUGGGACAGUCAAAAUUGCCCAAACAGUCAAUCCCAAUUCCUUUUCUUAAUGGCAAGGAUUAUUCUGGAUCUCAAAUAUCACAUACAUUUUCUUGUCCUAGUCAUGUUCAUUGGAAUGAGGAUGGGCUUGAAAGAGACUUGUAUAUUCAGACAACUAGCGUCACUGUUUUGGCUAUGGACGGAAGGAGGCGGUGGUUGGACAUUGAGAAGCUGGGCUCAAAUGGAAAAGAUCAUUUUGUCUUUGUUACAAAUCUUGCCCCAUGUUCUGGAGUUCGACUUCAUCUUUGGCCUGAGAAGGAAACUUCAAAUUCUGAGUUUUCUCUUAACCAACGAAUUUUGGAGGUUACAUCAAAGAUGGUGCAUAUUCCAUCAGGUCCAGCUCCAAGGCAGAUUGAGCCGGGUAGUCAGACAGAGCAAGCACCUCCUUCUGCUGUAUUGUGGUUGGAUCCGGAUGAUAUGCGUGGCUUCCGAUUCUUAACAAUUUCAGUGGCACCUCGCCAGACUCUUUCAGGGAGACCUCCGCCAGCAACUUCCAUGGGUGUUGGGCAGUUCUUCAAGACAAAGGAAGGGGAGAGAGUAUUCUCUCCUUGGACAUUGGUUCACUCCAUGUUCUCUCAAAAGGACUUCUUAUUGGAGGAGGAUCAUCCUCUUGGGUUCAAUCUAUCAUUUUCGAUAAGCUUAGGUCUUCUGCCUGUGAAGCUUUCUCUGAAAACUACAGGCUGUGGAAUAAAGGGAUCAGAGUUUCCUCUUGAAGAUUCUGGAGAAAUUGAAACAAGCAGACUAUGUAAGCUGCGAUGUUUUCCUCCUGUGGCCCUUGCCUGGGAUACUACAUCUGGUCUUCACGUGUUUCCUAAUCUAUAUUCUGAAACACUAGUAGUGGAUUCAUUUCCAGCGCUUUGGACCUCUACUCAAGGGUCUGAGAAGACUGUUGUGCUGUUAUUGGUAGAUCCUCAUUGUUCAUAUAAAACUAGCAUGAGUGUUUCUAUGAGUGCUUCUGCUGGUAGAUUUUUGCUGUUGUAUUUUCCCAAGAUUACUGGUCUUGCAAUUGCUGUUGUCUUUUUCGCUCUGAUGCAGCAAGCAUAUGCAUGGGAACUUGAUAUGCCCAUACCUUCCUUGCUUUCUGCUGUGGAAAUGAAUUUGAGAAUUCUAUUGCCAUUCUUAGUUCUAGGCAUACUACCUAUUUUGGUUGCCUUGUUCUUUUCCUUGUCAAGCUCAGUUUCGGUUCCUCCUUUCUCAAUCUUCUUCAUUGUCUCAAUUAUUUGUUAUCUCUUCGCAAAUGGGGCCAUAGUUGUGCUGGUAUUGAUUUCACAAUUGGGCUUCUCUAUAGCUGCUGCAGUACAUGUUUUCAUCAAGAAAUGGUGGCAAGCAUGGGAAGGAAAUUUUUCGUUUUCGUUUCUGCACUGGUUUCUCAAUCUUUGCACGAGCUUUCUGUCAUUUAAGAUUGUGAGGAUUAUAUCGCUCCAUCCAUUGGCCAUUUCAUCACUGGUUGCUGUUAUAUUGGUGUGCUUUGUUCAUCCGGCCCUGGGCCUUUUUGUGUUACUCUUGUCACAUGCUAUCUCCUGUCAUAAUGCACUUUGCAGUUUUUAUAUGACUUCAUUUCACAGCCAUUCUGGAAGUAAGCAGUCAGUAGAAUCAGAAAAUGGCAUCGGUGCCUCUAUGCACUUUAUGCCAAAGUAUAGUGGUGAAAGCAAGCUCUCUCCUCUGGAAGCAAGUAUGUGUAAUAGCCCAGAUUCUGCAAGAAGCUUCGGUGAGACACAAUUGGAAAUAUUCCACCAUCGGCAUGGCUUGCUUAUCUUGCAUCUGCUUGCAGCAAUAAUGUUUGUCCCUUCGAUGAUGGCAUGGAUACAGAGAAUUGGUGCAGGUCAGAACUUCCCUUUUCUUGAUUCCUGUCUGUGCAUUGGGGUAGUGCUGCAUGGCAUGUCUGACUCAAAGCCACAGUUCAACUUCUUCUUUCCCUUUCCUGACAACCGUGGAUGGGAAAUAAGGCUAAGCUUUGCCUAUCUGCUUGCUGGAUACGUCUCUUACCUUUCUGGCCUGGCUUUGGCUCCUUAUAGGGUAUUUUAUCCCAUGGCUGCCAUUGGAGUUAUGUCCUUUGCCUUCAGGAUCAUCCAGAGGUGGAGUAGGGAGAAAGGGGAGACAUUGCAUAGAGGUCGAAGACAUUCUCACAGGCACUAAAAGUAGUUUCUACCUCGUGCCUUGUACACGUCGAGAAAUAUUGGAUCUCAGGUACUGUUGAUGAAUAUUUGUAAUUGAGUUGUAUCUAGUAAUAUGGCAUCAAUGCCACAAUUUUGCCACGCACUGAUUUUCAAAUCGUUCGGUAUGAAGAAUAGGGAAACGCAUCUCUCAUCUUUUGCUGCAUUAUUCAUGGCUUACAGUCGAAGUGAUAGAUCCGAAACAUGUACUAUAAAUUUGGCUGGUUAUUUACAACAUUGUUUCUCA